AUGGGCAGCCGGCCCCGCAGCCCCAGCGCCUGCCCUGCGCCCCGGUGGGGACCGCAGCCGGGAGGACCCCGCCCUGGCAAGCGUCGCCGACUGGAGGAGCCCGCGGACCCCGAGCCCCGGGUGGCGCCCACCCCGGCAGCGCUCACCUCAGUGGUGGUCCUGGCCGCAGGCUGCGCCCUGCAACUGCCCCUGGACAACGUCGACCUGGUGCUGGAGCCCGCGCCCACGUCGGUCCUGCAAGUGUCUGUCCGAGGACACACCCUCCUCCUGGUCCCCGAGGUCCUCCUGGGCUCGGUCGACGACCGCUCACGAGGGCAGAGAGACUCGCCUGUGGACCUGGAACUGGGCGCUCUUCUGGACGCUCCCAGGGAGGAUGUCGUCUGCGAGCAGGGAUUCUUCUGCACAUCUGUCCCAGAGAUCGCCGCCCAAGAAGAGGCCUACGAGAAGGACCCUGACCCCGUGUUCCUGGCGCCCUGGAUGGACCCUCCUGCCGGCUCAGCCGCUGGGUUCCAACCCUCCGCUAGAAGGGUGUCCAGCCCCAACCUGCAGGGCCCCAUCCCAGAGCCCUGUCCUCUGGCCCCCACCCCUAGUCCAGAGAGACGUUCUCCUCACCCCAUCUUCGACCUGGACUUCCACCUUCUGGAGCCCUUCCCGGGCUCACCACUCCAACCUCUGCCUCCCUCUCCGAGUCCAAGUCCCCGUGUGCGUCCUGAGCGUCCUGAGCGUUCUCCCCGCCCUCCGUGUAAGGCCCGGAGACGCCUGUUUCUGGAGUGA